AGAAAGCUUGGGUUUGGGGGAGAGGAGGGAUGUGCAGCCUGGGGGUGUCUGGUUACAUUUAUAGGGUGGGAUCGUUUCAUUACAGGUCCAGUUUUGCUUCUGUGUUCUGCUGUCGUUGUAGGUGGAUAAUAUAUUUUUUCCUACUCCGUUUCUCUGCCAGGUGUAUUUUAACUAACAGCAUGAAGUGUGACAUCUCCCUUUUUCAGGUGCUGCUCUUCAUCCACAUCCCUGUGAUCUGCCUCUUCAGCGCAGCGUCUGCUCAGUCCGACAGCAGCAGUGUCGUAGUGGCUGCUUACAACGUGAGCGCUCCCACUGGGUCCCGGGUGGUGCUGCAGUGCGUGAGCGGGCGCAUGGUGUGGACCAGAGACAGAGUGAGGGACAGGCAGCGGGUGGUCCACUGGGACGUGUACCGGGCCCGACCCGGCUACGCCAUGGAGCGGGUGGUGGACAUGUUCUCUGCGGGAGACCAGAGGGUCUACAGCUCCUACAACCUCGGCCGGGUUGGGAUCACACCCACCGCAUUCAGGGAUGGAAACUUCUCCCUGGUCAUCAAAGACGUGACCAUGAAUGACGGAGGUCUGUACUCCUGUAACUUCCACCACCUCUACUGCCACCUCUACGAGACACACAGGGUGCAGCUCAACGUCACUAAAUCACGCCGCAAAGAGCAGCGCUUCUGGGACGGACAGAAGGCCGUGUUCGUGGUGCUGCUGGGCAGCAGCGUGGUGCUGCCGUGCUUCAACCGCCGCAGUGUGUGGACGGACUGGAGCAACGAGGAGGGGGACCAGCAGGUGGUUCACUGGGACCGUCAGCCGCCGGGCGUUCGCCACGACCGCGCCGACCGCCUGGUGGAUCUGUACGCGUCCGGGGAGCAGCGCAGCUACGGGCCCUCGUUCCUGCAGCGCAAGAUGAACAUCAGCAGCCGGGCCUUCGCGGAGGGAGACUUCUCUCUGACCAUAUCGGACCUGCAGCCCUCGGACCGGGGCAUGUAUUCCUGCCACCUCCACCAUCAUUACUGCGGGCUGCACGAGAGAAGGCAGUUCCAGGUCACAGUGGAGCCGCCAGUGAACCCGACCACCCAGACGGCCCAGGCGGCGCCCGGCGGAGACAGAGACACCACUAAGGCCGAGUCACCGCGAGUCAUCAAUGUUAUUGUGCCCGACCAGAGGCACUACUUUCUCCUGCCUCUGGGCUACAUCCUCACAUCCUGCCUGCUCCUGGCAUUCAUCACCCUCAUCAUCAUCCUCAUCACGUGCCGACGAAGGACCAAAGAGUUUCACCCUCAGGCGUCCGCGAGGUCAAGCAGAAGUCCCAGCAGCUCGGAGGAGCUCGAGAUGGACGUGGCCGAUGUGAACGUGUGCGUUCAGGUCGACAGGUUUGAUUUUAAGAACAACCUGCUGAGAGAGAAAGUCCACAUGAACGCUCAGCCUAAAGUCAUCGAUCUUGACAAAGAGAUGCAGAAGUUUUCUAAGUGAGGAGGAACUAAGGAUUAAAAAGGCGACACUGGAGUCACUGGCUGGUCCAGAAACAGCUCUAGAAACCAAACCGCCGCCUGUCCUGGCAGGAGGCACGACGCAGCCCAGGCUUUGUUUAAUAAGAACACAAACCGUUUCAUCCGCGCCUACUUGAUCUACGGCAGGCUGGACUGAAGCCACUGAGCGUAGCAUCCCAGCACCACCUAGAGGGGAACUUCAGCCAAACCAAAGAUUUAUGUGUUUAUGUGUAUGUGGAGCCUCAGUGAACGCGUCCCAAGACAACAAAUGUUGUACUGAUGCCUCUGUUUUCACUGUCUUAUUGCUUCCUCUAAGCUUUGAUUAAUUGCACGCAAAGUCCGUGACUAGAAAAAGUUUGUUUUAGUGUAGAAUGCUCCAAAUAAUUUUGCAGUUCCUUGGUAAACAGUUUUUUUCAUGUUUCACCUCAAUAUGUUACAGAGCCUAACAGACAUAGAUGUACGUCUACUAGAAUCUCACAAAUUUCCAUGCAUCAGGAGCUUGCCACACAAAUAGUCAGAAUAGAACAUAGGUGUCUUCUUCUCUUGCCUUAGUUGUGUGUGUGUGUGUGUGUGUGUGUACAGUAUGUACAUUUUUUACUUACUUGUACUUUACUUAAUCACAAGCUGCUGCCUUCAUUCCCAUAUCAGUGCGUUGCUGUUAAUAAGCAGUAGGAAAACAUCAUUAUGUUCUUCCUAUUGUCUUCUGCAGAUGACAUCCUCCACCAUUAGAUUUGCAUGUGCUGUGGCUGGGUCACUGCUCUUAUACUCACAGAUGACUAUGCAGCGUUGGGCUCAGGUACAUUCACCCCUAACCAGCAAUGCAUGGUAGCGUUUUGUGGAAACGAGGCUUGGACACUUUGCUGCUCAUGGCCAUUUCUUGUAAUGUUUGUGCUGCUAUGCCUUGUACAACACAUGAUAGUCAGGAUCGGUACACCUGCUCUGUAUGUUGUCCUCAAAAGCCACACGUAAUUUAGAUCAUAAUUCAUUUAUUCAUUCUUUUGUGUCACAAAUAAACAGUCCCUGAAUUCAAGACAAAUGGCUUUUUACACUUUGUGAAGAUUGUAUUUUGUACAUUUUUAAAAAAUACAUAGUACUUGAAUAUAUUUUCCAUCUAAAAACAGUAGAAAACCCUGGUCUGUGUUGCGCUGUUGGGCUGUGUCUAAGGAAGCAGC